UAUAGCCACGACCGCAUACAUACCAUAGUUUGUACAAGCCGGCAAUACACAUACAGUACACAAAAGAUAAAGACUCGCCAUGCCUACCACUCUUCACAAGACCCGCAAGCAGAUUUCCAAAAAGAGAAAUGGCGUCGUCAAUGCUCUACAUGAAAAGUCCAGAGACUCAAUGCGCCUUCACAAGGCUGGUGUAAGAGAUCAACGCAUUGAGAAACUCGCAGCUGCCAGGAGUAAAAAGGAACAACCUCUAGUUGACCGCGUUGCUUUCUUUCAACAAGCUCUACGCCUUAAGGACAGAGAUAACAAAGGUGCCCCAGAAAUUGAUGAGGUUCAGCGCAUGAUUCACAGUUUCGUUCAUCAAUACGAUGAGGAGUAUAAUGAAGCCAAGAAGGCCCGCCGCCCUGGUCGACCUGCUAGUGUGAAAGAAGAUCUCCUCAAGGCAAAAAUCAACAUACUAGAGGAAGAGUACAAGAGUGGGUUUGUUAUGCCUGAUCUCUUGGACAAUGUAAAUGUCAACGCACUUCACCUUUGGGAAGGCUCCUGGUCAUAUCUUACCCAACUGAAAUGGGUCAAGGUCAACAGUGAAGGCCAAGUCAGACUGACCAGCUUCCCAUCAGGCGGCACCAACUGAGUAUCUAGUGCAUAUCGGGAUGUACCGAAUACAUAGCAGAACCGGAACUGAGAUGACUGCGGUCUUAUAUACAGGCGAGCUCGACCAAGCAGUAGUUGUACAAGGACUAUUGGAAAGGCACCGGGCCAAACGAGCGAGACCACAAACCCCAUCAAGUGCUCAGCUUGAACACCAAGGAAUACAACACAAAAAGAUUCUAUGGAUCAGAUGGGCAACUGAUCUAUCGCCACCACCUUCCUACCGCAAGCAAUGUGGGAAGAUUCUAGAAGCUAGAUACAAACAGGUUGCUUGGACAUCCCAUCAAUAGUCCUGAGUGAUGGGUAGAUAUGGUGUUGGUGGAUGAUUUGAUUCAUACGUUCAGACUGAAAUUAGAGGGAGAGAAGGAGGCUACAAGUCUUCUUGCGCUCCCAAUUCUUCGAUUACCUACGGCUCUAUGACUAUUGAACAUCCACGGCGACUCAAAUUUUGUCAUGUUCAAACCCUCUGGACAGGAAAAGGUUACCAGAAUCAUCCAGCAAUUCUUACUCAUGAUAUGUUCUGAACUAUUCUACAAUGCUGAUUCGUGUUCAGAAUAAGUCUACAUAUGUGACAAUUGAUGUCCUUCCGAC